GGUGAGUGGAGAUAGGCUACAGAGUUGAGUCCACAUAUAUUUUGACUGGCACAAACGUUUUGCCCUGUCAUGCCUUUAUCACGGUUCUCCCGUGACCAUAAUCCAGGGAUUGGAGUCCAAGAGGGCUCUUUGAGGUGAAUGCAAGGAUACCUUUUUUUUAUCAGGUUAAAGAGGUGGAAAGGAUUGCUUUUUGUAUCAGGAUUAGGUGAUUUGGUUUUGGUAGCCUAAUUCUGCAGCAAUAACUCCGGAGGCGCUUUAACUUCAAGACGCGCUGUGCGUUCCUCUUCCAAAAGAUCAACAUGAUGUCUGCCAUAGAUACGGGUACAUCUGUGUACCAACCAGCACAACUACUGAAUUGGAUCUAUAUGUCUCUACAAGACUCCCACCAGACCAAUGACUUCGAUGCGUUCAGACCGGAUUCGGAGAGUUCUCCACCGGACCUGAACAACUACGAACAGCGGUCCGCUGCUGCUGUCGACCUGAGCUCUGCGCUCAACUCAAACUAUCUUAACAACUUCUUGCAACUUCAGAGGAAUGAGGCCUUAAACAACAAUUUGUAUAGAAGAUCCUCUCCUUACGGCUCGCUCAGCAACAUCGUAGACGGCUUGACUUCUCUGACGGACCACUUCUCUGACCUUUCCCUCGCCUCUGAGUCACGCAAACCGAGCAAGCGACCGCCGUCCAACUACCUGUGCCAUCUCUGCUUCAACAAAGGACAUUACAUCAAAGACUGCCCGCAGGCUCGGCCAAAAGGGGAAGGCCAGACCCCAUAUCAGGGCAAGAAGAGAUGUUUUGGGGAAUACAAAUGCCCUAAAUGCAAGAGGAAGUGGAUGAGCGGGAACUCUUGGGCCAACAUGGGACAAGAAUGUAUCAAGUGCCACAUCAACGUUUACCCUCACAAGCAGAGACCUCUGGGGAAACCCGACGGGCUAGAUGUUUCAGACCAGAGCAAGGAGCACCCACAGCACCUGUGUGAAAAAUGCAAGGUUCUCGGCUACUACUGUCGUCGCGUGCAAUAAUAACCUGUCGUUAUCUAGCCACAAGUUCACGGAGUUGCCCCCUAGACACUGAUCUUGGUUCAGUUUAGCAUUUUCUACACUAAUGUUUGAGGUUAGGUCUGGGGGACGGGAAGCUGAUCCUAGAUAUCUACCUACAGUAGGGUUAAACUUCACCCCGAAGUCAAGUUCACUUCCCUAGUUGACUUCCCUGGCCUUAAGUUGACUUCCCUGGCCUUUAGUUGACUUCCCUGGCCUUUAGUUGACUUCCCUGGUCUUAUGUUGACUUCCUUGGCCUUUAGUUGACUUCCCUGGCCUUACGUUGACUUCCCUGGUUCACUUCCCUGGCCUUUAGUUGACUUCCCUGGUUCACUUCCCUGGCCUUAUGUUGACUUCCCUGGCCUUUAGUUGACUUCCCUGGCCUUAAGUUGACUUCCCUGGCCUUUAGUUGACUUCCCUGGCCUUUAGUUGACUUCCCUGGCCUUUAGUUGACUUCCCUGGCCUUACGUUGACUUCCCUGGCCUUACGUUGACUUCCCUGGUUCACUUCCCUGGCCUUUAGUUGACUUCCCUGGUUCACUUCCCUGGCCUUACGUUGACUUAACCCUCCAGUGGUUAAUGAAGAGUUGACGCUCAUCUAAUGUGUUGUGUAUAUCUCACUAAAAUAGGCCUGAUCAACCGUCAUACUCUGUUGUACUAUAAAAAAACAUUUGACCUGUUUCUCUGUUCCCUACAUGUGUGAAUUGCGGACAAUUCCAUUUCACUAAGUCUAUUCAGGAUUUAAUUUCUUCCUGAAUUGAAGUGGAAUUGACCCCAAACCUUGUGUGUGUUUUAUGAUGAUAUCGCUGUCCAGCGUAGUAGCUCCUGCCUACCUACCCAAUGUCAAGCUAUAACACCAGCCCCAUUUAUACCUGGCACUAACAUGCAUCCUUUGUCCUGAUGUUGUCCGCAUUCUGAUUGUGCUCACAUUUUCUGAAAAUAUGUCUACACGCGGUAUUAAAAUGUAUCAUAUCCGUCCACUGUGUCCGCAUUGUGACCAGAUUUCCUGGUUCCUCACUGUAUCCUCGUGAUUCGGACAGCCGUUCUUUCAAAGUAGUAUUUAUUUAUUUAUUUUAAGACACAAAUCGAUGCCAUAAGUCAAUGGUGCCACCUGUGAAUUAUUUUAGAAGGCGGGAUACUGCCGAUUUUAAAUGGUUGACUACCUCGAGACGUGGUCGGGAAGAUCUGAUCCCAAUCAGAUCCCAAUGCGUCUUUUAAUCGUCUACACCCGUCUGAAAAUGUUGACACAAUCAGAACGUGGACAAGAUCAGGACAAAGGAUGCACGUUAGAACCAGGUAUAAAUGGGGCUUAAGUGACAUCUGUUACGGCUGGGUUUAGACAGGUCUUUUGACCAAUCACAUCAGAUCUUUUUACGCCAAAUCUUUUUCUCAGAGGUGAUCUGAUUGGUUAAAAGACCAAUUAGUGAAAAGAAAUAUCAAAAUUGGGCUGCCUGUCUAAACGCAGCCUCUGUGUUUACAGGAUUCAUUCAUUUAGUAAUUUGUUAUAACAGUUGAAGUCGGAAGUUUACAUACACUUAGGUUGGAGUAAUUAAAACUCGUUUUUCAACCACUCCACAAAUUUCUUGUUAACAAACUAUAGUGUUGGCAAGUCGGUUAGGACAUCUACUUUGUGCAUGACGCAAGUAAUUUUUCCAACAAUUGUUUACAGAUUAUUUCACUUAUAAUUCACUGUAUCACAAUUCCAGUGGGUCAGAAGUUUACAUACACUAAGUUGACUGUGCCUUUAAACAGCUUGGUUAAAUUCCAGAAAAUGAUGUCAUGGCUUUAGAAGCUUCUGAUAGGCUAAUUGACAUAAUUUGAGUCAAUUGGAGGUGUAUCUGUGGAUGUAUUUCAAGGCCUACCUUCAAACUCAGUGCCUCUUUGCUUGACAUCAUGGGAAAAUCAAAAGAAAUCAGCCAAUACCUCAGAAAAUAGUACGCAAGUAUAAACACCAUGGGACCAUGCAGCCGUCAUACCGCUCAGGAAGGAGACGCGUUCUGUCUCCUAGAGAUGAACGUACUUUGGUGCAAAAAGUGCAAAUCAAUCCCAGAACAACAGCAAGGGACCUUGUGAAGAUGCUGGAGGAAACAGGUACAAAAGUAUCUAGAUCCACAGUAAAACGAGUCCUAUAUCGACAUAACCUGAAAGGCCGCUCAGCAAGGAAGAAGCCACUGCUCAAAAACCGCCAUAAAAAAGCCAGAUUACGGUUUGCAACUGCACAGGGGGACAAAGAUCAUACUUUUUGGAGAAAUGUCCUCUGGUCUAAUGAAACAAAAAUAGAACUGUUUGGCCAUAAUGACCAUCUUUAUGUUUAGAGGAAAAGGGGGAGGCUUGGAAGCCGAAGAACACCAUCCCAACCAUGAAGCACGGGGGUGGCAGCAUCAUGUUGUGGGGGUGCUUUGCUGCAGGAGGGACUGGUGCACUUCACAAAAUAGAUGGCAUCAUGAGGUGGGAAAAUUAUGUGGAUAUAUUGAAGCAACAUCUCAAGACAUCAGUCAGGAAGUUAAAGCUUGGUCGCAAAUGGGUCUUCCAAAUGGACAGUGACCCCAAGCAUACUUCCAAAGUUGUGGCAAAAUGGAUUAAGGACAAUAAAGUAAAGGUAUUGGAGUGGCCAUCCCAAAGCCCUGACCUCAACCCUAUAGAAAAUGUGUGGGCAGAACUGAAAAAGCAUGAGCAAGGAGGCCUACAAACCUGAUUCAGUUACACCAGCUCUGUCAGGAGGAAUGGGCCAAAUUCACUCAACUUAUUGUGGGAAGCUUGUGGAAGGCUACCCGAAACUUUUGACCCAAGUUAAACAUUUUCAAGGCAAUGCUACCAAAUACUAAUUGAGUGUAUGGAAACUUCUGACCCACUGGGAAUGUGAUGAAAGAAAUAAUAGCUGAAAUAAAUAAUUCUCUCUUCUAUAAUUCUGACAUUUCACAUUCUUAAAAUAAAGUGGUGAUCCUAACUGGUCAAAGACAGGGAAUUUGUACUAGGAUUAAAUGUCAGGAAUUGUGAUAAACUGAGUUUAAAUGUAUUUGGCUAAAGUGUAUGUAAACUUCCAACUUCAACUGUACCUGUACUAGUACUUGAGUAAUGCUUCAGGUUUUACUUUAUGUAGAUGUGUUCAUUCAUUUCACUUUUUAAAAUAACCAAGGACGGGAUUCCAUCAAAGGCGUGUUGUCAAUAAACACAUAGCACUUGACUUUUAAAAGUAAUUUACGCUUGAGUGGUCAUCCGCACCGUUUACCGUGAAUGAGAUCUCCGUUAAUGUCGGGGAAAUUUGCCUUUAAUUAAUUAAAGGGGCGUUGUCAACGGUGCAAUGCACUUAUCGACAACAGCACAUUUGAUUGAAUCCUGGCUCAAGUGAAGUGGAGUAUGUUGUUGGGGUCAACAGCAUAUCUUAUCAAAUGUGAAUUAACUAAAAAAAAGGAUUAUAACGAUGUCAGACCUGGAUUUCACAUUACCUGUUUAUAUAUUUAUUAUCUUACAUCUAACAUGUUUCGUUGGAAAUAUAGAACAUAGACUAGUUACUGUAUGUUUUUUAUCAGAGACUGCUAUGGGCCAGAACCAUAUCUUACGAGACUGCUAUGGGCCAAAACCAUAUCUUCUGAGACUGCUAUGGGUCAGAACCAUAUCUUACGAGACUGCUAUGGGCCAAAACCAUAUCUUCUGAGACUGCUAUGGGCCAGAACCAUAUCUUACGAGACUGCUAUGGGCCAAAACCAUAUCUUCUGAGACUGCUAUGGGUCAGAACCAUAUCUUACGAGACUGCUAUGGGCCAAAACCAUAUCUUCUGAGACUGCUAUGGGUCAGAACCAUAUCUUACGAGACUGCUAUGGGCCAAAACCAUAUCUUCUGAGACUGCUAUGGGUCAGAACCAUAUCUUACGAGACUGCUAUGGGCCAAAACCAUAUCUUCUGAGACUGCUAUGGGUCAGAACCAUAUCUUACGAGACUGCUAUGGGCCAAAACCAUAUCUUCUGAGACUGCUAUGGGUCAGAACCAUAUCUUACGAGACUGCUAUGGGCCAAAACCAUAUCUUCGAGACUGCUAUGGGCCAAAACCAUAUCUUCUGAGACUGCUAUGGGCCAAAACCAUAUCUUCCGAGACUGCUAUGGGCCAAAACCAUAUCUUCUGAGACUGCUAUGGGUCAGAACCAUAUCUUACGAGACUGCUAUGGGCCAAAACCAUAUCUUCCGAGACUGCUAUGGGCCAAAACCAUAUCUUCUGAGACUGCUAUGGGUCAGAACCAUAUCUUACGAGACUGCUAUGGGCCAAAACCAUAUCUUACGAGACUACUAUGGGCCAAAACCAUAUCUUCCGAGACUGCUAUGGGCCAAAACCAUAUCUUCUGAGACCACUAUGGGCCAAAACCAUAUCUUCUGAGACCGCUAUGGGCCAAAACCAUAUCUUCUGAGACUGAUGUGGGUCAAAACCAUAUCUUCCGAGACUGAUGUGGGUCAAAAUCAGGUCUUCCGAGACAGCUGUGGGUCAGAACCAUAUCUUACGAGACUGCUGUGCGUCAGAACCAUAUCUUACGAGACUACUGUGGGUCAGAACCAUAUCUUCCGAGACUGCUGUGGGUCAGAACCAUAUCUUACGAGACAGCUAUGGGUCAGAACCAUAUCUUACGAGACUGCUAUGGGUCAGAACCAUAUCUUACGAGACUGCUGUGCGUCAAAAUGUACACACAGUGCCUUCAGAAAGUAUUCAGACCCCUUGACUUUUUCCAUAUUUCAUUACACUAGAUUUUUCUAAAAUGUUUUUUUUUUUAAAGUACAUCAUCAGCAAUCUACAAUACACACUACACCAUAAUGACAAAGCAAAACAGGUUUUUAUUUUUUUGCAAAUGUAUAAAAAAACAAAACCGAUACCUGUUUACAAAAGUUUUCAGACCCUUUGCUAUGAGACUCGAAAUUGAACUCAGGUGCAUCCUGUUUCCAUUGAUUAUCCUUGACAUGUUUCUACAACUUGAUUGGAGUCCACCUGUCGUAAAUUCAAUUGAUUGGACAUGAUUUGAAAAGGCACACACCUGUCUAUAUAAGGUCCCACAGUUGACAGUGCAUGACAGAGCAAAAACCAAGCCAGGAGGUCGAAGGAAUUGUCCGUAAAGCUCCGAGACAGGAUUGUGUCAAGUCACAGAUCUGGGGAAGGGUACCAAAAAAAUUCUGCAGCAUUGAAGGUCCCCAAGAACACAGUGGCCUCCAUCAUUCUUAAAUGGAAGAAGUUUGGACCCACCAUGACUCUUCAUAGAGCUGGCCGCCCAGCAAAAGUGAGCAAUCGGGGGGAAAAGGGCCUUAGUCAGAGUGACCAUCAGGUUCUUGGUCACCUCCCUGACAGAGCUCCAGAGUUCCUCUGUGGAGAUGGGAGAACCUUCCAGGAGGACAACCAUCUCUGCAGCACUCCACCAAUCAGGCCUUUAUGGUAGAGUGGCCAGACAGAAGCCACUCCUCAGUAAAAGGCACAUAACAGCCCACUUAGAGUUUGCCAAAAGGCACUUAAAAGACUCUCAGACCAUGAAAAAUAAGAUUAUCUGGUCUGAUGAAACCCAGAUUGAACUCUUUGGCCUGAAUGCCAAUCGUGACGUCUGGAGGGAACCUGGCAUCAUCCCUACGGUGUAGCAUGGUGGUGGCAGCAUCAUGCUGUGGGGAUGUUUUUCAGCAACAGGGACUGGGAGACUAAUCUGGAUCGAGGCAAAGAUAAACGGAGCAAAGUACAGAUAGAUCCUUGAUGAAAACCUGCUCCAGAGGGUUCAGGACCUCAGACUGGGGUGAAGGUUCACCUUCCAGCAGGACAACGGCCCUGAUUCCGCAGCCAAGACAACGUAGGAGUGCCUUCGGGACAAGUCUCUGCAUGUCCUUGAGUGGCCCAGCCAGAGCCUGGACUUGAACCCGAUCGAACAUCUCUGUAAAGACCAGAAAAUAGCUGUGCAGCAACGCUCCCCAUUCAACCUAACAGAGCCAGAGAGGAUCUCCAGAGAAGAAUGGGAGAAACUCCCCAAAUACAGGUGUGCCAAGCUUGUAGCGUCAUACCCAAGAAGACUCAAAGCUGUAAUCGCUGCCAAAGGUCCUUCAACAAAAUACUGAGUAAAGGGUCUGAAUACUUAUGUAAAUGUGAUAUUGUGUAUGUAAAUGUGAUAAUGUCUAAAAGCCUGUUUUUUUCUUUGUAAUUAUGAGGUAUUGUGUGUAGAUUGAUAAGGGAAAAAACUAUUUUAAUCCAUUUUAGAAUAAGGCUGUAACGUAACAAAAUGUGGAAAAAGUCAAGGGGUCUGAAUACUUUCUGAGGGCACUGUAUAUGAAAUGUAUUCUGAGUGUUGUCUGACAGAAACGUUUCUGUGCAAUACCUUUAUGAAAACAGAACCAAACAACUGCACAUGAUUCAUUUGAAUCAAUUCAUUGAUUCAUUCAAGUUGACUCAGAUCUCUUAUUUUAGAUCCUGUCAAUCAUACAGUUAAUAUUUCUAUUUUAAACACCACCUUUCCUACAUUUAUUAUUCUGAUAUUAUUUUCUAAACAUUUAAAUGGGUUCAUUUGAUAAGUCUGCUUUCUGUUAUGUUUGAUGUAUUUUACAGGAAUAAUUCAUGGAAAAAUAUAGGUUUUCUGAAAUGUGAUUUUGAAGAAGGAAAUAUUGAAGAAGGAUGAAGAAGGAAAUAUUCAUGUAUAAUUACUAUAAUCUGUAUAAUUAGUAUAAUCUGUAUUAGUAUAACCGGUAUUAGUAUAAUCUGUAUAAGUAGUCUAAUCUGUAUUAGUAUAAUCUGUAUAAUUAGUACAAUCUGUAUAAUUAGUAUAAUGUGUAUAAUUAGUAUAAUCUGUAUUAGUAUAAUCUGUAUAAUUAGUGUAAUCUGUAUAAUUAGUAUAAUAUGUAUUAGUAUAAUAUGUAUUAGUAUAAUUAGUAUAAUUUGUAUAGUCUGUAUAAUUAGUCUAAUCUGUAUUAGUAUAAUCUGUAUUAGUAUAAUCUGUAUAAUUAGUAUAAUCUGUAUAAUUAGUAUCGGUAUUAAAGGAUGGUACAUACUUUUUUGAAUAUCUAUAAUGAAAAUUCAUUAUAAUGGUUUUGUUGAUUAUUUUGUAGAAGGAAUAUCUUAUUUGCAUUAACAAGUAAGUGCCUUAUAUAUUGUUAUCUGUGAAAAUAUGUGCUUAUUGUGGACGGUAUCUAUGUUACCAUUCCAAAUAUGUAUUUGACAAGAGUUUUUGUUAAACCCAAUGUCAUAUUGAAGCUCUAAUGGUAUUAUAAAUGCAAAUUGUCUUAUAUAAUAUAAUUAUAUAUGAUAGCCUCUUUUCGCACCAAAAACUAGAUAGUUAUUCACCACAGUGCUAUAUGAAAUAAAACUAUUUUUAAUGCUG